ACCUGCUGUUUUGCUGACCGCCGACCCGACACCCGACUGCCGGCAAGCCAUUGUUUCCGCAGUGAUUAAAGCGAUUUGCUGAGACUUGCUUUCAAGAUUAUUGUGCUGUUGUUAUUGUUUAAGCGUAUUCAGCUCGCCAUGGAUGCCGCCCUGCAGCAGGUGCUGCAGUGCCAGCUCUGCGCCUCGAGCUACGACUACGGCGAGCACGCGCCUCAUGUGAUGCCGUGCGGGCACACGGCGGGCCUCCGGUGUCUGCAGCAGCUGGCCAACAGAAGGUGCUCGGAGUGCCGCCAGAAAUUCAAUUUCCCGCUCGUGAAGAACUUCGCGUAUAUGAACAUCGUGGAGUUCCACGUCAAGGAGGCUCUGACGCGCCGGCUGGAGGGCGUGCUGCCACCGGGCGUCCAGGACCAGUGCAGCGGGGAGCAGGCCCUGCAGGCCCUCAGCCUGCUGCAGCGGGACUGGGAGCUGACGCUGCGAGGAGAGGAGCGGGAGCUGACGGGGACGCUGCAGGGCGGGGAGGACGGCGACCCCCUGGCCGCGGCCCUGUGCCUGCUCGUGGCCGCGAGGACGCAGCUCAAAGAGGUGCGCACCAACCGGUCGCGGUCGCGGUCGCAGUCGCAGCGCGGGCGACUUCCCCCACAGAACCAGCAACCGCAGAAGUAAAAGUGGAACCUGCUGAGGCUCCGCCCCCGCUCGCUGUGCCUAUCAACCUCCAGAGGGCCCCCAGGACGUGCACCCCCCAGGUCCAAGUGUCGUGCAGCCUGUGUGACGGCAGUGAUGCCUGACAUUCUGUGUAGCGUGGAGGCGUCACCGCUUCAACACUGGAUUUAUCAGAAAAUGCCUUGUAAAGGUUCAGAAAAAAAACAACAUACUCUUACAUUACAAGAAAUUUUAUUUUUAACAUCACUUGUACAUUUUGUUUGUUUAUAGCCUAAUAAUUUAUUCCUUACUUAUCUUACAUAUUAUUUUACAUGUUUGAUUGUAGCAAUCAUUUUAUCAAAAAAAUGUGUUUGUUGGCUGCAAUUAUAAGUACUGAUUUUCUUAUUUCUACAA